AUGGUCCUUUGUAUUAAUUCAGCAGGGGGUACAGACAUCUCCCUCUUCCUGCAGGUCAACGUGCUGGUGGCAACGAGCGCAGCAGAGGAGGGCAUGGACAUUCCCGCGUGCCACACAGUGAUCCGAUUCGACCGCAUUCCCAACGCUGCUACUCUCUGCUACCUCGCUCUCGCCCUGCAUCUCUCUCUCUCUCUCCGUGCCUUCCUCACGCAGCUGAACGUGCUGGUGGCAACGAGUGCAGCAGAGGAGGGCAUGGACAUUCCGGCGUGCCACACGGUGAUCCGAUUGGACCGCAUUCUCAAUGUGCGCUCCAUGCUGCAGUCCCUUCUGAGACUACUUACAAGUCCCCUCCCUGUGUCCCCCCUACCUCUCCCCCUGCAGCUGAACGUGCUGGUGGCGACGAGUGCAGCGGAGGAGGGCAUGGACAUACCGGCAUGCCACACAGUGAUCCGAUUCGACCGCAUUCUCAAUGUGCGCUCCAUGCUGCAAUCCCGGGAACACUCGUUGCUGGCCAAGUUCAUGCGCAACGAGGGCACCAUGCAAGCCACGGUGCAGCAGGCUGCUGCUGACUCACAUGCGCAGCGCACGUCCCUGAGACCCCCUUGCUCUUACCCUUUUCACUACGACCCCACUCCUCUCCCUCCUUUUCCCCUCUCAGUGCUUCCCUCCUUUCGUGCAUUUCCCCUCUCCCACACCAGUGGUGAUACCAAGUACGAGGAGGACUUAGCCAAGUUCAUGCGCAAUGAGGGCACCAUGCAGGCCACGGUGCAGCAGCAGCGCAACACCCAGAACCAGAAUGAAAACCGAGGGGAGACAGGAGGGGAUAGAGGCCUGGGAGGGCCGUUUUGGGAAGAUGAAAGUGGGGAGGAGGAGGAGGCAGAGGAGGGAGGAGAUGGAGACGGGAUGGAUGUGGAUGUGGAUUGGGAUGGGAGGAUAAACCUGGAAGUGGGGGCAGAGGAGGGAGGGAAUGAGGCUAGUGGGAAAGGUGGUGUGAGGGGAGAGGGUGUGGGAGGAGAGGGGAGGGGGGAAGGGAAGGUGGAGAAGGGGGAAGGGAAGGUGGAGAGUAGGUGGGGGGUGAGGGGCGGCAGCAGGGUGCUAGUGGUGCCGAGUACAGGGGCGCUGGUGACGAGGCAGGGGAGUGUGGCACUUGUCUACCAAUUCUGCAACACCCUCGGGGCGAAUGACGGGUGGGUGGAUUGCUUUGGGUCGACUCAAAGGAGUGGCGUGCUGCAGCCAUUCUUCUCUGUUAACUCCUCACCCGCCGAUUCAAGCACCACCGCUGCUGCCACUGCAGCUGCAGCUUCUCCCAGCGACCCUCCAGCGGGCCUCUUUACAGUCACACUCCGCCUGCCAGCCACUGCCGGCGUCCCUGCCAUCCACGGCCCGCCAUGCCGGACGAAAAUCGCCGCCCGGAGAGCCGUGUGCCUGCAGGCAGUACGGAUUCUGCUGGAUUCUGGGCGGCUGAGCGAGUGGCUGUUGCCGAUUCGGUGGGGGAAGAAGAGGCGGAGCAAGUUUGGUGCUACUGUGGCUCCUGAGAGAGCUAGCCGUGUUGCAAUGCACGUGCACCAGCGAAUCCCCUCUGCCCUGCGCCUCCCAUGGGAGGGGGCGGGUGAGGGGGGCCAGCGAGGGUUGGGCGAGGAGGAGGAGAAGGAGCAGGAGAGGCGGACGUAUUUUGUGUACCGUGUUCACAUCGGCAUGGGCAGGAAGGCAGAUGGAGGUGGAAAAGAGUGUGAUAGAAAGGGUGCUAGAGGGAGUGACACUAAGGAGGACGGCAAUGAACGUGACUGUAAGGAGCGUGAGGGAAGCAGAGGGGGACCAGAGGAGGAGCAAGAGGAGGAGCAGGAGGGGGAGCAAGAGGAGGAGACUGUAUCAAACCUCGCCUCGUCACGAAAUACCUUCCAGUUUCUAAUCUUAUGCGCGGGGGAACUUGGUAGCGAUUGUGGGGCGGCGAUGUUCAAACUGUUCCCCAAGGGAGUGGGCCAUGCUACAGUGCAGCUGGCUCCCAUGGGCCGUGUGGUCCUCUCUGCCAGUCAGGCUCGACUCCUCAUGUCCUUCCACGCGCAUCUCUUGGCCACUCUCUUGCGCCGCUGCCGCCGCUGCUGCCAAGCCACACCCACCCCUAGUGCUGGCCUUGGUAGUGCUGCCCCUGACGAUGUUUCUCCUAGUAGUGCUUCCCAGUACCAUCCAUCCUCGUUUUGGAAUGGCCCGUUGCACUAUAUAGUUGCGCCGGUGGCUCAACCGCUGUCCAUGGGCAGUCCCUGCCAGGGUGCUGCUGCUGCUGCUGGCCUGGCUGCUGCAGCUGCUGCUGCUGGCGCUGCUGCUGCUGCCGCUGGUGCUGCUUUCGAUCCUGCUGGUGCUGGUGCUGAUAUCGCUGCUGCUGUUUGCAGCGACACGGACGCUAGUGCAGUGGAUUGUACUGGGCCAGAGGGAAAGAAGAGUAAGCUGAGUGGGAGUAAGGUGGAGGGCGGUGAAGUGCGGUGCAGAGGGGUAGAGAAGAGGAGCAACCGGAGGGAUUUGGCGGGCUCGAUUGGAGAGAAGGGAGAGGCAGAUACGGAUAUGGAUGUAUCUGGAAAAAAGAAAGAAGGGGAGGAGGGUGUAAAGGAAAGGGGAGGAGGAAGGGGCGAAGGGGAGGAGUCAAAGGAGAAAGGAAGAGGAAAGGGCGAAGGGGAGGAGCGGAAGGAGGUGUCGUGUGCGGCGAUCGACUGGGCUGUAGUCAUGUCUGUUGCUGAUGCUUCCUUGUGGGAGAGGCACGGUGUGCGGCUGGUGUGCCCCCAUCUCCCUCUGCUGCUCAUGCGCACACUGCCCUCUGCCAAGGCAUGCCUCAAGCCCCCCUCGCCAAACGACAUGCCCAAAGGCUUCAAGUCCACUUCUCCACCCUCCUCCGCCUCCUCUCGCCCCUUCUCCGUGCUUCUCCCCCCCGAGCUGCUCCAUCCGCUCAUGGCCUUCCCUCUCUACCAGGCCGCCUCGCUGCUGCCCUCCGUGCUGCACCGCCUGCACGGGUUGCUGCUAGCAGGGGAGUUGAGGGACAGGAUAGGGCGAGAGGCACAGAUGGAAGGGGUGCUCUCCAAGCUUCCUGUGGCUAGGCUCCUGCACGCCAUAACGGCCUACUCCACAGGCGAAGGUUUCUCCUACGAGAGGGACGAGCUGCUGGGGGAUUGCUUCCUCAAGGCGGCGCUCAGCUCACAUCUUUUUCGCGAGCUGCCCGGCGCGCACGAGGGCGUGCUGACUCAGCGCCGCACCGACGCUAUCAGCAACGAGGCUCUGCUUUCGACUGCCAGGGAGAAGAAGCUGCAUGAGUAUCUGCGCACUGGAAUCUUCGCAGCUGGAAAACGGCACGUGCCAGGUGUUGCCCCUCGCGACUAUCCAUGCGGGCAUGCGCAGCUGAAACAGCAGAUGAAGGAGCAGCGAACACAAGGCAUGGAGCAGCAGCGGGGAUUCAACAGGAGGAGGAGAAAGAAGAAGCCGAAGCAGUGUGUAGCUCAAGGGAUCGAGCAAGAGGCAAGGGAAGGGGAGGAGGGGGAGGGUGGAGGGAAGAAUGGAGCAGAUGAGGAGGAAGAGGAAGAGGGUGACAGAUCUGGGGAAGGGGAGGAAGAGGAUGAGGAGGGAGAGGAAGGAGAGGAGGAAGAGGAGGGAGAGGAGGGAGAGGAGGGAGAGGAUGACGAGGAGGAAGAAGAGGAGGAGGGGGAGGUGGGGGAAGUGGGGGAAGAAGAUGAAAGUAUUGAAGAGGAAGGAGAGGAUACAGAGGAGGGGAGCGAGGAAGAGGAAAUGAAUGAAGAGGAAGGGGAUGAGGAAGAGGAGGAGGAGGAGGAAGACGAGGAGGAAGAGGAGGAAGAUAAGGAAGAGGAGGAAGAGGAGGAAGAGCAAGAAGGAAAAGGGGAGAAGGGAGCAGCCUUCAGGAGCAGUGCCAGUGAAACUGAAGAGGUCUGCAUUGCUGAAGGCGAAGGUGUUGGGAGCGGUGAAAGCAGCAAGGUGGGAGGAAGCAACCACAUGAAAACACUGAACCCACCUCCCCCCUUGGUGGUGGUAUCCCCCCCUCCUGUGCGCGUGUCUGGGAAGGCACUAGCGGAUCUGGUGGAGGCUCUGGUGGGGUGUGUGUGGGACACGUGUGGGACUGCUGCUGCUACACGUGUCAUGAGCUGGUUGGGCCUUCCUGUGGGGCUGUCUGGAUUUGAGGGGGCGGAUGGGGGUGCAGGAGAGGAUGGGAGAGAGGGUGGAGGGGUGUGUAGGGGGAUAGGUGGAGGAACGAGUGGAAGUGUGGGUGGAAGUGGGGGAGAGUUUGGAAGAGUGAAGGAACGUGGGGAAGGAAAUGCGGGAGGGGAUGUGGGGAAGGGUAUGGAGAAAGCAGGAGAGGGGAUAGGGGCCAGUGCAAGAGGGUUCGGUAUAGAUGACGUGAUGGGGGAGGGAGGUGAGGAGGAGGGAGGAGAGGAGGGGGGAGAGGAGGGAGGAGAGGAGGGAGGCGAGAAGGGGUUGGCAGGAGUGAGGGAGAUAGAGGGGGCACUGGGGUACGAGUUCAAGGACAAGCGGCUGGUGCUGGAAGCCCUGACCCACCCCAGCUUCGUCAACUGGGCAUCCGAUGAUGCAGUCACGUGCUACCAGAGAUUGGAAUUUCUCGGCGAUGCAUUCAUCGAUUACUUUGUGACACGUCAGCUACACCUGCAGCACCCGCACCAGACGCCACGUCAGCUCACCUUCCGCCGCGCCGCGCUCGUCAACAACGAGAACCUCUCCCGCAUUGCCACGUCAGCCGUCUCUUCUUCUGAUGCCACGUCAGCAGGGGGAUCAGGAUUGGCCCUGCACCGCCACAUCAGACACUUCUCGGUCCACCUGGGCGGGGAGAUUGCAGCUUUUGUCAGGGACAGGGAGGAGAGGAGGGAGCGGGAGAGGAGGAAGUGGAGGGACGACGUCAGGAAAGGAGAGAAGCAGAAGGGUAAGGGAGCAGCAGAAGCAGCAGAGGCAAUGGGAGGCAAUGGGGGUGGUGGGGGUGCAAGGGUGGGAGGGCGUGGAAGUAUGGGGGUUCCUGCAAGUGUGGUAACAGUUGGGGCUGUGAAUCGAGCAGGGCUCAGCAGCUUGGAGGUUUCUCACAAAGGAUUCGCUGACGGUGCGAUGGGGGAAGGGGAGGUGGAGGAGGAGGGAGGAGAGAGGGGGCAGGGGAAGGAGAGGAAGGAGGCGGAGCGAGAGGAGGAAGGGGGAGAGGAGGGGGAAGAGGAGGGGAGGAGGGAGAAGCUGGAUGGAUAUUUUGGGGAGGGCGGAGUGCAGGCUCCUAAGGCAAUAGGAGACGUGCUAGAGUCCCUAGUGGGGGCAACGCUGGUCGACUGUGGGUUUGACACAGAGAGGGUGUGGGCACUCUUUUCCCGCUUCUUCCCCACCCGUGUCACUGCUGCUUCUGUUGUUACCCGCCCGCCCACCUCGCUUUUUUUCGAGCUGACCGGAAAACUGGGGCAGGGCGGGAAGCUGGUGGAUGAGAAAUGCCGGAAACCUGGGGCAGAAGAAAAGAAAGAGGGAGAUGUGGGGUGGGGAGGAAAGAGGAGGAAGGAGGGAGACGGGGAGGUGGAUGAGGAAGGAGAAGGGGAGGGAGAGGGGGGAGAUGAAGAGGAAUGGGGAGAGGAGGAAGAGGGGUGGAGGAGAAAGAGGGAAAUGGAAUGGUGGAGGUGUAAAGCUUUGGUGGGGGGGAGGGAGAUAGCAGUUGCGCCCUGGAGUCAACGUGAUUCAACGGGAGUCAACCAUAGUCAAGUCAACUCAAACCACAGGGGCAUGGAUAUCAAGGCUGUUGCUGAGCUGGCACUUGAAGAGUUCAAGAGAGUGAUGGUGAGUCGUGAUGAGUAUUUGCCCACUGGUAUUGGACCUUUAGCUCUAAAGUCAACAUGA